AUGGAAUGUUAUCAAGACGACUUUGGUUGGUCUUUCAAAGCCAAGCACUCCUUCAAAGUGAUCAUUGUUGGAGCUGGCAUUGCUGGACUCACCGCAGCGCUAGGAUUGCACAAGGCUGGACACGAAGUCGUCGUCCUAGAGCGAGUUCAUGAGAUUGCAGAAGUCGGUGCUGGGAUCCAAGUCGCUCCGAACGCUGCACGCAUACUAGGACGCAUUGGCCUCUUGGAACGAGUCUUGGAGAAGGCGAACGCGUUAGAAAAGAAUUCUUUGCGACGUUAUGCAAACAACGAGGAACUUGGAACAGCCCCCCUGAUGCCCCAGGUUGGCGAGAAAUACAAAGCCCCUUUGACAGUCAUCCACCGAGGGGAUCUUCAGCGCAUCCUUCUCGACGGAGUUCAGGACGCAGGCAUCGAGCUCCGCACAAGCUCGCGAGUAGUCCGAGCAGUCGAUGACUUUGAAGCGAAGGUACAGCUAGAAUCAGGAGAAUGGGUUUCUGGCGACGUGGUCAUUGCCGCAGAUGGUAUCAAAUCAGAUCUUCGCCACCAAAUGGCAUCCCAUCAUGGAAUUUCCGAUACCUGCCAACCUACCGGUGAUGCUGCAUACCGCAUUAUGAUAUCGAAGGACCAGAUGCAAGGAGAUGAGCGCGCGCUGAAUCUUUUGAACGAUGAUGUCGGCAUGCGCUGGAUGGGACCUGGAGGACACAUCAUGGCGUACCCCAUCAAAAACAACACCGUCUACAAUAUGGUCUUGCUACACCCCCAGAAACCAGGUGACCCAAAUGAAGAGAGUUGGACCAACAAGGGCGAUAAGCAGGAGAUGCUCUCCUUCUACCGCAACUGGAAUGACUUGGUAAAGAGUUUGCUGAGUUACGUCAAGGAAGAUGAUGUGAUGGAGUGGACUUUGAACUCACACUUGCCUCUACCUUCCUGGAUUGAAAACAAGGUUGCGUUGAUGGGCGAUGCGUGUCAUCCAAUGCUUCCAUAUGUGGCCCAGGGAGCUGCACAGGCAAUUGAAGAUGCGGGUGUGCUGAUGUGCGCUCUGUCUCUGACUGAUUCCGUUCCAACGGCGCUGGAAGCCUACCAGAUAGUACGAAAGGAGCGUGCAGAGCGCAUACAGAAGAGUGCCGCGGUGACGAGGAAAGCGCUGCAUUUACCUGACGGAGAGGAGCAGCGAAAGAGAGACGAAGCAAUUCGGGGAUCGGACAAGAAUCCUGAUCUUUGGGCCGAUCCUAGCUGGCAAGAUUUCAUGUGGGGGACGGAUGUCAUGAAAGAGACGGUUGACAAUUGGGCCGAUCUCGUUGCCCAUAGCCAUGGAUAUAAUCUGCAUGCGGUACAGGGAAUAGGUUACUAG